GUAAUUGCACGCGCGCGUAGUCAUUUCUCAUCGGCAUCGCCAUGUUCAAAGUCUACAUAGCAGUAUCUAUCUAAUCUACCUCUUACCAGACCCUCCCCCAGUUCUUUAGAUCUCUUUCUCUGCUUUCACUUUUCCAUAAUUCUGUUCUGUUUGUGGGUCUUUUUCUUCUCUUCUCUGACUCUAUCAAUGGCCACCGGAGUUAACAGAAAAGUUUCUGCUGCAUCAGCCAGGGCUCAUACAAGGAGGGCAAAGAAAAACAACUCUUUUCAGCUCCCUUCAGGAAUACUUAGAACGACACUAGCAGUGGUGUUUAUUGGGCUUCUAGCAUGGGCUUAUCAGGUUAUUCAACCUCCUCCACCCAAGAUAUGUGGCGAUCCUGAUGGACUGCCUAUAACAGCAGCAAGAGUCAAACUAAGAGAUGGAAGGCAUUUGGCAUACAAAGAGCAUGGUGUCCCUAGAGAUGCAGCCAAGCAUAAAAUCAUCUAUGUCCAUGGUUUUGAUAGUUGCAGGCAUGACGCUGUGUUUGCCGAAACCCUAUCACCUGAUGUUGUUGAGGACUUGGGGGUCUACGUUGUAUCUUUUGACAGACCUGGUUAUGGGGAAAGUGAUCCUGAUCCAAAUCAUACAUUAAAGAGCAUAGCCCUAGAUAUAGAAGAGCUUGCUGAUAAGCUGGGAUUGGGAUCAAAAUUCUAUGUAAUUGGUUUCUCCAUGGGUGGAGAGGUUGUUUGGAACUGCCUUAAAUACAUACCUCACAGACUGGCAAGUGCAGUGCUCUUAGCUCCAGUUGUCAACUACUGGUGGCCCGGUCUUCCUGCAAACUUGACUAACGAAGCCUAUUUUCAACAAAAACUACAAGAUCAAUGGGCAUUACGUGUUGCUCACUACACACCUUGGCUAACAUAUUGGUGGAACACUCAAAGAUGGUUCCCACCAUUGAGUAUAAUCGCUCAUAGUCCAGAUAUCCUUUCGCGUCAAGACAAAGAGAUUUUGUCUAAGAGGUCUGAUAGAAUGAGUUAUGUGGCACAGGUCAGACAGCAAGGUGAUUAUGAAACUGUCCACCGUGACUUAAUUGUUGGAUUUGGAAACUGGGAAUAUGAUCCUAUGGAUCUUGAAAACCCUUUUCCAACUAAUGAAGGUUCUGUCCAUCUUUGGCAAGGAGAUGAAGAUUUGUUGGUUCCUGUUACACUGCAAAGAUACAUUGCGCAAAACCUUCCAUGGAUUCACUAUCAUGAACUUCAAGGUGCUGGUCACUUGUUCCCUCAUGCUGUUGGUAUGAGCGAUAUUAUUAUUAAGUCACUUUUACAUGUGAAGUAGGCUUCUAUGUUGGUCACUGGCUAUCUCAGGUCAGCUUUGGCAUGUAAUAUCUCUGUUUUGGAGAAUUCAAACUGUUGGUGGAGGAUUGUUUAUCCUGACAGUGUUUGAUUUUACUCUCCAGCUUUGGUUAUCUAAAUAGAAAUUUUGAUUGACUUAAGGAGCUAUUUAUUCUUCUUGAUAUGGUUAUUUUGAUUUUCUAAAAAUGCCGUUGUUGUUCCUUUAUGUAGUUAUUGUGUAAACAAUACUUGAACUAUUUGGUCGACUAAAUCACAU